AUGGUCAACAGCCCGCUAGCAACGAUCGGGUUAUCUUCCACUGUGUUCAUCGCGACAUCUUCAUCCGUGUUAGUGGCCAUAGCGAGCGCAGUGGUUGCUGCCGCUGCAGUUGGGUUACAAGUGGCCUUAGGGUCGAAGAGAAGGAUGUUUGGAGGGUACGUCAUGGAAGUGUUGCCGGAAGUGGGUUUAGCGGGAAUGGUGAUGGAUGGUGUUGGCAGCUUGGAAAUGAUGUUGGCGGAUGCUAGAUGGACCAGGGGCGAGUUGCAACAUCUGGAUCAUCGGACAUUGGCGCAGGGAGAGCGAGAGACGCUACACGCCCUUCGCGCCGGUGCGCUCCGCGAGACAAAGAACAAGAACGUUCGCAAGAGCGACUAUGAGAAGUGGAACUGGGUAAUUGUCCACAACAAGAACAUCCGCGGUAGCACCAUCAGCAUCCCACCACCACCCCUCCGACUAUUAACCCUUUGCUCCGCCCUCACCUUCCCAUCCAACAAAUGCAAGCACUGUGUAGCUGUUAGCCUGGAGCGAGCACGCGAGCUGCGCGUGGUCGCCGAGCAGGCCUUCAAGUUUUGGGGCACAGCACAGGUUUGUCAAGAUUGGAUGACUAUCGUCAUCACGCUGGAUCAACUGUCUGGCGCCACCGCUCCUGUUGUGCUUGUACGCGGUGAUCUGGUAGCCUGCUGGCUCGACAUUGUUGAGGUGCUGGCGUAUAGCAUGAUUGUGUUUGUGGAUCACUUAUACAAAGCCGUCAUUGCCCAUGUUAAACAGACAGCGUCAGCGGGGUCGACCACCGGAAGGGGCCAUUUUUGGGAGGAGUAG